UUUCAUCAAGCUAAAAUUAUGAUAGCUUUUAAAAAAAAUUGCUAAUUAAUGUAAUCAUGUACCCUAAGUUCGUCUCUGUAUUUGUAUUAGUGUGAAUGUGUAUAUAGAGUUUGAGUUUUGGCGUGCCUUUUAGUCCCUCAUGCAUAGCUCUUUUAUUAUUAUACUGUAUUCGAACCAUAGAUCAAGCAUAGUACAUUUUGAACAGCUGAUGUAACCUAAAAAUAUUUAUUUACAAUAUAAUUAAAUUUCAUAAAAUGGACAAAAUUGCUAAAUUUUCUAAAACAAUACGUAAUAAUUGGAAGAAGUCAGUGUUUGGUGUGAUCGCAUUAUAUUAUGGUGGCACAAAAGUUAAGGAAAAAUAUCAGAUCAAUGUUUUAAUGAGAGCGGCGUGUAAAGAAGCCGCAGUGUAUGGCGACGCAUUGAUUCCAAUGGACAGGAACCCAACAACCAUCACCGUGAUACUUAAUCCUGUCGCAAACAAGAGGAAGGCAAAACAGGAGUUUGAAAAGUACUGUGAACCACUACUUCAUUUGGCUGGAUUACAAGUGAAUGUUAUACAGACAGCAUCUGAGGGAAAUGCUAAGGAAAUAGUGGAGACACUGCAUGGUACAGAGGCGAUCAUUGUGGCUGGAGGCGAUGGGACACUAUCCGAAACAGUUACAGGUCUUCUUCGACGGAAUGAUGGUGCGAACCAGUUUCCACUCGGUAUAUUACCUCUUGGCCGCACCAAUACAUUUGGCAACAGCCUAUUUCCAGGAGGUCAAGGUGUCGAAAAAGUUAAACAACUUAUUGACGCAUCCAUGGCUAUUAUCGAAGGAAACACAACAUGGAAAGAUGCUAUGAAAAUAGAACCCAUUCCGAAAGAAGAUGAAGUACCAAACCGCCCAAUAUAUGCCAUGUCCUCAAUAGAAUGUGGAGCAUUUAGAGAUACAUUAGCAAAAAGAGACAAAUACUGGUUCUGUGGUCCGUUAAGAGAGUAUGCUUCAUUUUUGUUCAACGGUUACAAGGAAUCUCUGACAUGGCAUUGCAGUGGCACAAUCCGGUACACACCACCCUGUAUCGGCUGCAGCAAUUGCAUACAGAAGAAGCCAGAAAUCAAGAGGAAGUGGUCCCUUUUCUUUCCCAGUACGCAAGCAGCACCGCAAUCAGAUCAAACAAAACAAUUAAACCCUGAAUGUACCACUACACAGGAAUUGUGUUACAAAACGUGCGACUUAAAAAUACAGACUGAAAACAAAGAAAAUCAAAUACCCGCUAUCAAUAUACUGGUAGGUAAGAAUACAUAUUCCUACACAGAGUUUGUGGCAGAAGGUUGGAACCGUUUGAAAAAGAAAAGAUGUGAAGCACACACCAUUCCUGUACGGACAGUGGAAUUGAUUCCCAAGGAUACAGCGAAUGAAGUUAUGCUAGAAAUAGACAAGGAGGAGUUUGAAGUUAAACCUGUUAAGAUAACUCUGUUGCCGAAAGUGAUUAAAUUGUUCUGUAAACCACAAUUAAAUGUUUAAAACUGUU